CAAAUACAGAACAACGACAACAAAGCCAAUGAAGGAAGAAACGAAUAGCAUCAAAAAUCGAUUUCAACGUUUAUAUAAAAGCCUGAGCUUUCAUUCAAACUUUUCCUCUCGGGAAAAUCGGUGGCAAGUGAAGUAAAUAGAUCCGAACCCAUGGUGAAACUCGGGAGUUUCUGGGUUAUCAUCAUCCUCUUAUCAAUCCAAUUCAAGGGUUCGUUUGGAUCCGAAUCAACUAAGGAAGCUUACGUCACACUUUUGUACGGAGAUGAGUUCUUAUUGGGAGUUAGAGUAUUGGGUAAAUCGAUUCGAGACACCGGAUCAUCUAACAAGGAUAUGGUCGUUUUGGUCUCUGAUGGUGUUUCCGACUACUCUAAGUUGCUGCUUAAGGCCGAUGGAUGGAGAGUAGAAAAUAUUACUUUGCUAGCAAAUCCAAACCAAGUUCAUCCCAAGAGAUUCUGGGGUGUCUAUACAAAGCUUAAAAUUUUUAACAUGACUGAUUACAAGAAAGGUUUCAGCUUUAAGUAUGGGGAACCAUCAUGAAUAUGAAAUGGCCAGUAAAGUCGUAAAGAUUUAUGACUUAGCGUACGAGAAGGCAAAGGGAAUGCUCCUUAAAAAUCGCCGUGUCCUUGAGAAAAUCACUGAGGAGCUACUCGAAUUUGAGAUCUUGACUCAAAAGGAUUUAGAAAGACUUGUUCAUGAGAAUGGCGGGAUUCGGGAAAAGGAACCUUUCUUUCUCUCUGGAACCAGUUACAACGAGCCAUUGUCAAGGAGCUUCCUUGAUGCUGGAGAUUCGCCGGAAUCUGUACCUCUGAGUGCACCAACCUAAAAAAAGCCAUGAAAUAUGAUUCCAUACGUUGAUGAUAGAGUUUCUUGCAGAUGCAGGAGUGAAAUUUCUUGCUGAUUGCAAAUUUUGUUCUUGUGUUCACCAGAUGAGAUUAGUUUAGUUUGCCAAGUUUGAGACUAGAGAUUCAUAUAUACAUCUUGUCAACUAUAAAACAACUGAAAGUUUCCUUGUCCUAUUAUUCGACUAUAUGUCUGUGAUUCUUACUGUUUGUUUAUAAUAAUAAAGUUAU